AUGGAACUAGAAGUGCUAGAAAAUUUUAAUCACCAAAUUUAUAUUCAACAAAUUAAAGCAAAAACCUACUCCUAUUUGCCACAAAAUUUUUUAUCAUUAUUAGAUUUAAUUGCACAAACUAAUAUUGAAAAAACUGGAACUUUGGAACAUUAUAAUUUUACAGUUCAAGAGGCAUUAGACUUCCGUGCAAUAUCUGGUAGAUUAAUUAAUCAUGUUGUAACUGGCUCAGAACGAUUUCCUGGUCAUUUUAUUGGACCUUUUCGUGAGAUUGUCUUAUCAACUAAGAUAACUAACUUUCUUCUUCAAUAUUAUUCAAAUAUUUAUCUAAAUUACAGCUUUUACAGUGAAAAUCAAAAACCAAACUCAAAACAAUCAAUUCUAGUUUCUUCAACAGCCUAUGAUGGUUCAAGAAUUAAUUGGCCAGGAGUAAUUAAGUUUUUUUUUGAACAUCGUAUACUUUUACCUAGUUUGACAACGCCGAUUAGCCAUUAUCUUGCUAUAGUUGAUUGGUACAAGAGGGAUCCACAAAAGCAAGGUUACUUUUAUAUCAAAUCAAAUAAUAGUAUAUUGUCUACAAAUGCAGAUGGAAGCUAUCACGCAGAAUCAUGGGAAGAUCAAUUUAUUAAGCAAGGAUUUGAAUCAAUAUUGCCAAUUCAAAGAAUUAUUAGCCGAUUUGUUAAAG